GCUGAUUCGAAACCAGGCUUUAUGGUGGGCAGUUUUCUGGACACUUUGUCUUCUGUUGGUCAAGGGGUUUCCCACAAAGAAGCACAGAGCAAAUCAAAUCAAGAACAGGAGCAGCACGUCUCUAGAGCUGCACAUUGCCUAUACAGCUGGAGUGUCGCUUACUGCCCCCUGCUAAAAACAGGUGGUACUUCAAGCUUGAAUUGCUCACAUGGGUCGCAGGGGGCUGGAGCCUAUCCCAGCUAACAUUGGGCGAAAGGCAGGGGACACCCUGGACAGGUCGCCAGUCCAUCGCAGGGCCACACAUAGACAGACAUACACUCACACUCACCUCCACAUCCACAUCCACAUCCACAUCCACAGCAAUUUUUUUGGAGACACCAAUUAACCUAGCCUGCAUGUCUUUUGGAUGGUGGGAGGAAGCCGGAGUACCUGGAGAGAACCCACACAGACACAGGGAGAACAUGCAAACUCCACACAGAAAGGCCAGGGCAACCAGGGUUUGAACCCACAACCUCCUUGCUGUGAGGCGACAGUGCUAACCGCUGCACCACCGUGCCGCCCUUAAUUUUUAACACGUUAUUUAAAAAAAUUAUUAAUAUCAAUAAUUUAACAUGUUAAAUCGACAACCCUAAAAUUGACAUUAACCAAUAAUAUCAUACUGUAGCCUGCUUUUUACAAUCCUAUCAGAUCCAGAUGGAUUAAAUCAAGUUCCGCUCUAUAUAAUGUUCUGCUGAAUAUACACAUGGUCAUGUCACAUUAUGUAUUUAAAUAAAAUAAUCAACAUGAAAUGGUGUUCGCAACCCAUUUUAUUUCUGUAAUAUGACAUAUUUUUGCUUGAAAUAGGAUAGUAAAUUCGAAAAAAUGAAGGUUGGGACUUUAUUUGAAUGACUGAAUGGUGAAAACAGGUCUCUGGUGAAAAAUAAGAGGGCUUAGUGAUGUAGGCUGAAAAGGAAAAAUGAAAUUUCAGAGGCAAGUAAAUCAAACAUUUUGUUGAACGAUUACAAGGAGAAGCAUUUUUUUUUCUUUUGAGAUAAUAUGCACUGAUGAAUCAUUCACAAUAAGAUCAUAUAAGAUUUCAUGUUGACUGUAAUAAUAAUAAUUAGUAUUAGAACUAAUUCAAUAAUAAUAACAACAAUUUAUAGUUACAAAAAUAAAAGAAUUAGAUGACUUUUGCAUCUUUUAAAAAGUCAGAACAUUUCCGAAAAUCUGAAAGGAAUUCCUUUCAUCCAUCUCAUUUUUUAGGCUUGAGUCUUUCAUUGGACAUGAUUAGUACCAAGCAGCAAAGUGCUUUGGAGUACUGUCAUGGAUUCAGGACAACGGGAAGCUUUUUUUGUCUUUUUUUCUUUCUUUUUUGAACCCACCGCAGACUUUACGUCUCCAUAUUGAAGUAAACCAGAUGAAAGAGAUACAUAUCCCUUAAUGUGUAAUCAUUUACCUGCAUGCACUGUCCCAACUCCUGAGUCUUCCUCCAGGAAUUCAUAGUCCCUCUCCUUCCGACGAAUGCAGAAUUACCCAUAAUGUCAAACAGCUGUCAAGAGAGCGAGCCAUGACUGUUUCAGACAGAGCGAGAAAGAAUGAGACUGCAGUACCAAGCGUGCAAUUCCUCUUACUUGUUGAUGUUUCUAUUCUGUCUGUUUUGUUAUGUUGCUAGUGGUAACUAAAUGAAGCAUCGAUUGACAGAUAUGCAGCAUGGAAAUGAAGAAUUGAAGAAAACACUUUUUUUUAUUUGCUGGCUUAAAGGAAUAGUUCACCCCAAAAAAUUGUCAUACUUCACUUGCCCUCAUGCUGUCUCGCACCUGUAUUACUUAAGUUAACCUCAAUCAGCAAUCAAUGUCAUUGCAUUUUUGUUUUCGUAUAAUGAGAGUGAAUGGUGUCUAAGAAUCUUCUUUUGUGGUCCUUGGAAAAAAGGAAGUAAUAUGGGUUCGAACAUCACGAGAGUGAGUAAAUGAUGACAGAAUUUUCAUAUUUAAGUGAAGUAUAAUUUUAAUAGAGACUGCUGAAGUCUACCAAAAGUCUGGGAAAAAGGCUUUUCCUGGAGUAUUAAAGCUAAAGAAGGCUCUUAAAUUAUCGUCAUGAUUUCAACUAAUCCCGUUCCAAAAUCCACCUGAUAUGCUUUCAUAUGUUAGACAUUUCACUCCAGAUGGGUUUAUUUGAAGCCCAGACAUCUUUUUUCAUAUGGGCCAUGAGGUCAAAGCUGUAUAGAUUGGAUAUGGUGUUGAACUAAGACAGAUCCUCUAACUGUCUUCAUGUGCAUGACGAAAUUUCGUAGAAGUAUUUAUCUUUGUGCCUCACUUGGGGCUUUAUACAGAAUGAAACCUGGUGCUUUCAUGUAAAUAAUGUUUGUUAGAUCACCAGAUGUUCUGCUGUGGAUUGUAAGGUAUCCUGUUUGUUCUUCUCAGGUCAGAGGUCAUGGUGGCUCCAAAGAUGUCAGGCAGAUGCUUUUGGACAUUCAGAGGCAGAACCAGCUGAGGAGCAUUCCAUCUUCGCAGCCCCGUCAUAAGAGGAGAUGGUCGCAGAUUCACUCAGAGGGAGGUCUUCCUAAACCUGCUAAACAGGAGGAAGAGGAACCCUUCAUUUUGGACCUGAAGAACUUCCCUGAUCUUGCCAAUGCAAACCUGGGUUCCCAGAACCCAAACAUUCAAGUCACUAUUGAGGUUGUGGACAACCCUCAGAUGGAGAUUGAGAUGGACUUGGUCAAGGAGAGCAGGAAUGACUGGUCAUUGAGCUCUGAGGAGUGGCUGGACCAUAAAAAGCUCUUCUGGCCUCUCUUCUGGGAAUAUCAUGACUCUAGUGAAGAAGGUCCAGGGCAGGGCAGUCUGGAAGAGAACGGUGAGGACCUCAGCUAUGAGGGAGAAGAUUCCCUUUUGAGCGGGGUGGGUGCGGACUGGAACCAACGAUGGAAGGCCUGGGACUCCAUGGACAAUUAUGAAUAUGAGGACGAAGAGUGGAGUGACUGGUCUCCAUGUAGUGUCACCUGUGGUCAUGGCAAUCAGAAGAGGAUACGUUCGUGUGGCUAUGCCUGCACUGCCACUGAGUCACGGACAUGUGACCUUGAGCGCUGUCCAGAUGACUUAAUUCCUGUGACAGAACCAACUCUUCAUGAAACGGCAAACAGCACAGAGCUUUUUGGCUCAGAUGUCGACAGCUGUGAGAAGUGGCUGAACUGUAAGAAUGACUUUCUCCAGAAAUACCUACACCAGGUCCUGACUGAACUACCCAACUGCCCUUGUGUCUACCCAUCUGAGGUGGUCUACAACGCUGUCAACAUUUUUGAUAAGAAGUUACAAAAAACGUAUCGCUGGCGAGAUGCCAGUAGCCCCAAAGAGAGGCUGGACAUCUACAAGCCCUCUGCAAAGUUCUGUGUUCGCUCAAUGCUCUCUUUUGACAGCACCACAUUGGCGGCUCAGCACUGCUGCUAUGAUGAUCACAUGAAGCUCAUCACACGAGGUAAGGGGGCCGGGGCCCCCAACCUCAUCAGCACAGAGUUUUCCCCAGAGCUUCAUUACAAAGUGGACGUGCUCCCUUGGAUCCUGUGUAAAGGAGACUGGAGCCGCUUUCAUUCGGUUAGGCCUCCCAACAACGGUCUACAGUGUACUGAAAACCCUCAGGAGGAUGUGUAUAUGAAUGAACUAGAAGAGGCCAGGGAGUACUGAUUCAGUCCUGAGGGGUUCUGAUACACAAAUUUUCUUUGCAAUAUCAGAUUUUCAACCUUUUCAUUAAUUGUGGAGUGAUCUAUGGAGCAUUACUGAACUAUAUGGAAGUUUUUUCAAUAUGUUAAUGCUGAUUGGAUCACUUAUUUUACAGAUCUUAAACGAAUGUUCCGGGUUCAAUAUAAGUUAAGCUCAAGCGACAGCAUAUGUGGUCUUAUGCUGAUUACAACACACACCAAAUAAUUUCAACUCAUCCCUUGUACAUUCUAAAAAAUAAAAAAUAAAUAAUUGUUACUGUAAGGCACUUACAAUGGAAGUGAAUGGGGCCAUGCAAUAAAUGUAAAAAUACAUACUGUUUCAAAAUAUAGCUACAAGACAUAAACAUUGUAUGUGUUAACAUUUUAAUGUGAUAAAUUAGCUUACUAACCUUUUCUGUGUAAAUGUUUUUCUUAUAUUACAUCUUCAUUGUUAUGACAAUGUAAUGCUGUAAUCUGGUAAACCCAGUAACUCCUGUAAAUCCCUGAUUUUAUUUCAUAUAUCAUGUUAACGUGUAAAACAUUUACAUUUUCUGGCUUAACUAUUAAAACAGUGUGUAUUUUAACAUUUAUGGAUGGGCUUCAUUCACAUCCAUUGUAAGUGUCUUACUUUAAAAAAAAAAAAAAAAACUUUUUUCUUUUUUUUAAUAAGCGAGGGCCGAGCCGAAAUUAAUAUUUGUGGUAAUGAUCACUGUACCACAAAUGCUGUCGCCUGAAUUUAUUUUAAAAAUGAACCUAGAAAAUUCUUUUAACUGUCAUUGGUUUUGAUUUAGCUCUGACUAAAUAUGUACUUCUAGAGAUACGCCUAGAGAUUUAUUAAAAGUAACAUCUGGAUUGGGACUAAGGCUGAGAGACUGUCACGUACUGUUGUGUACAGCUGAACUACAAUAACACUGGUUUAACAUGUUGGUCAAGAGCCCAGAUUGGAAGACCGUGAUGCAAUUUUCUUUGUUUUUAUUUUUUUUCUCUGACGUUGCUUAUGUGCUGCACACUCCAACAAUGUUCAUUGAAGGUCCUACAAUGGCAUUUCCUGGAACAAAUUUGACUCUAUUUUCAUUGGUUUGCAUUUUGUUUUUCUCCAGUGUCCUCAAAGACUUAGAUCUGCCAUUAAAGGAAUUCAAAUAAAGCUGCUAAUAUCAUGAGAAAUUCAAAAGUGCAACAGAAUGCUGAUUUUGUUGUCUUAGACCUGAAGCUCAAUCUUGACCUCGCUCCAGUCCGGGCAAGAUCAGUCCAAGCAAAUCAAACACAAGUCCCAGUGUCACUUGCACACAGAUUCAACAAUUUCUGAGAAUAGUUCCUGUAUAUUAUUACUCCAAAUAUACACAGACCUUGUGUCAUAGGACAAGAUAUUUAUUCAUAAUGAUUUGACCUUUAACAUACCUUUCAAAAGAGCAAAAUUGGCCAAACUGAGAAGCAAUAGGAAACCUUUUUUGAACUUGCCUUGACAUCCCUUAGCAAUGGGAGGCUUGUUAUUUAAAAUCUUAAGUAUAAUUGGAUCCCAUUCUGUUUUUUUUUUCUUUUCUUUCAACACAACCCAGCUUUGUACUGAAUGCAAUAUGAGACACCCGCUUGACCCCAGUGUAGGGGGUUGUUGGAGUUUGGCUGAUGGAUUGAAGUCUUCCUCUAAAGGUAGGGGCAACACUUUGGGUGUGAACGAACAGCUCUCUAAAUACAAGUCGUAUUUCAACAUCUUGGUUCAUUCUUGAAUCCCAAUCAAAGCCUAGAAGCUUACCUGAGAUGUUGCUUGAAGGACCUAAGCCUUUCUUGUCAGCAUGGGUCUUUAUCAUGAUCUGUCUCUUUGUGAGGUGUUGAAACAGAAUGCUGGUGAUUUGACUCCGAAAACAACCGCUGACAGACGACAAUUCCAUGUAGCAAUAAAAACAUCCACUUUGAAUGACAUCUUACUGUGUGACUUUAAGCACAAAAUACUCCUAUGUGCAUUCCUUAUAAUACAUCUGUAAGGUGCGAUAGCGAGACAAACAGACCCAAAUGCAGAGGAAUGGUGAAAAGGAUUUAUUUAUAUUAGAUAUGAGCAGUCACUGUGUAUGUCAAGGGUCCCGGCUGCAGCGGCGUGGAGGGAUGACUGAGAAGUGAAUGCGCCAUGGCCGUGCAAGGGGCAAUCCACGAAGAGUGUUUUCGUUGAAUGAGUGUGUUGUGGAAGUCAGGAAUAGAUUCAUGGAAUACUCCGUUGAAGCUUAGUGAAGUGCAGAACAAUGCCCAGCAGGGUAGGGCUCCUGACACGUGGGCAAAGACGAGGUAUCCUCCUUGGAUUCCAGUUGACACACAGUGAACUGGAAGGCAACCACACAACCAACACACGGACAACCAACAGAUAUAUGAGACAGGACCAGAGGCAGAGAGAGUAAGGUUAGUUACUUCAUACCCAACAUCAAUACUGCAAGACAUUCAGUCAACGCUGAACUACAUUUAACAUUCAAUCAGACAAUCCAGCAAAAGACAUGACACACAAGGGGCAGGUGACGAUCGCAGCUGAAAGUUGGCAUGAACAGCAUUUCCAUGGAAACAAUCAGGGUUCCCAUGGAAAUGCUGAUUCUGCAUGCCAGUGGCACCUGAAACACAUGAGGGUGAAAACAACAAGAUGCUUGGAACAAAAUAAACAGAACAUGGAGCAUGAGCGUCCAGAUCCCGACACAGACCAAACCGAACUCAUCAGACAAGAACCCAACUUGACAAGGUGAAAGGACCGUGAAAUCAUCAAACUGCUUUCAGACUUUUUUUAUUGGAUUAAAUAAUCAUUUAAAAUUAUUCUGCAAGGUUUAGUGUGGCAGACACAUUGAGUGAGGCUAUUGAACCUUUACAGUAACUUCAAGGUUCAUGGUUCAAAUUCCAGGUUAUACACUUACCAGUAUAUACCAGCAGUAUGUUUAUUAAGAGCACAUUCUCCAAUGCUGUUGUGAUCUUGAGGUGCUCUAAUACAAAAGCCAUUACAUAAUUUGGGGUUUUAGUGCUGGUUUGGAUUUCCUCUUCACUUCCUUUCUGGAUCCAGGCAAUAUUUCUGUCAUGUAAAACUUCAAUUAACAAUGCAUUUGCCCAAAAGCUUGGAAGCUUAUAAAGUGAUUCCACAGAUUUGAGCGUCAUGGAUCGUGGCUCAGUAUUUUUAGCAUUUAUUUUGUAUGGCCCUUCGUCUCUUACACCAUUGUCAUAUAGUCCUGCUUCUUGAGAUCUUUCUUCUUGUUCAGUUGAGGUUUAGCUCUAACUCUAAAUAAACUACUAGAACUGAAACAGCUAAUCAAGGUCUUCAGGUUCUCUUGAAAAUUACAGACAAUUGUUUUAAGACUAUGGUUGCAACAAAACACUGCUGGAAAGAAGAUCUUCAAGAGAAGGAUUAGGCACCCCUGCCUUGCACACAUUAUCAUAUCUUAUGAUCACUGUCAGAUCUGAGCUAAACCAUGAAGAUAUUUUCAUUGGGUAACAAAAAGUGCCAGCCAUCAAAACAUUAUGCGGUCCAGCUGUGGGAAUGCUGGUAUGCAUUCAAAUCCUUUGCUCGCAGUUAUUGUAUAUUUGUUUCCAAUGGUACUAACUUGGAUUUCAUGAACUUUAUGGUACUGUGUGUGUAGGGGUGCUUUCAAAUUACACAAAUCCUUAGUCACAAUGUGUAUUUGGCUGAGUAUUGACUUUGGCCUGAUAAUAUUUUUUAUAAUGUUGAUCAAGUCCUCUGCAGUAUUUCAAGGUAUGUUCGCAAAUGCCCAAAUGUACACCUCAACUGGGAAAUGUAGUAUCUUACUGUAUUUUUAUUCACAAUACCAACUGUUAAAGUUCACAUGUAAUACACAAUUUUCUAGGUACAUUUGAUUAUAUGAUGCAUCACCUUUCAGGAAUUCAAGAAGAAAGGCACUUUAUUUAAUACAGAUAACUGAAUAUCUUUACUGUAUGUGUAUAUACAAUCAUAUUUUCAAUUAUACCUGUAAUAUACAAUUUACCAGCAUUGUUUUAUUUCUGUUAUUAUUUUAAAGGGAUGAGUUAAAAAAAUAUAUUUUUAAAAAUAUAUUUUAUGUCAUGUAAAGUUUUGGCAUGUCAUUUUGACCCCUUAGAUAUAUAAUUGUACAGUAUUUAUUGCUUUUGAUUUUGUAACUCAUUGCUAUGAAGUGGACAAUCAAAUAAUUCUAUGCACUAUAUAAAUCUAAGUGAUACGUUCUUUUGGGGAUCUUUGUUCUGUGAAAAGGAAAGUGCCAUAUCCCACACACCAUUCUACUUCAAUAAUAUUUUUUUUUUCAGCCAACUGUCAUCUUUCUUUGUAUCAAGCACUCUG